UGCUGCCUACUUCUGUAUAUAAUGGAUCCACACAGCACAGCACAGCACAGCACAGAAAAGAUCACAUUGGAUAGAGUGCAAGGGAAGCAAUGUUCCCAACGGUGCAGAGAAUGGACGCUGGCAUGGACCUGCUCCACAGCUCCGGGGUGGAGAUGGUGCAGUUUCUGCAACUGAAUUACAGAGACUCCCAGAGCUGGUUCACUUUUAUCUCUGUCGCUGCUGAUCUCAGAAACACUUUCUAUGUUUUCUUCCCUAUCUGGUUCCACCUGUGUGAGGCAGUGGGCGUCAAACUCAUCUGGGUGGCUGUCAUCGGAGACUGGCUCAACCUCAUCUUUAAAUGGAUAUUAUUUGGCCAGAGACCUUACUGGUGGGUUCAUGAAACUUCCUACUAUGGCAAUUUAUCUGUUCCUGUGUUGGAGCAAUACCCCAUUACUUGUGAAACUGGGCCAGGAAGUCCCUCAGGCCACACCAUGGGGUCAGCUGGGAUUUGGUACGUGAUGGUGACAGCAAUAGUGACAAGCACGUUUCAGAAAAAGCAACAUUGCCUCAGAAGCUGGUGUCUCCGUGCUUUUUUGUGGGGAGUGUUCUGGGUGGUUCAGGUCUGUGUCUGUGCAUCCAGAGUCUUUGUAGCUGCACAUUUUCCUCAUCAAGUCUUCAUGGGGGUCAUCUCAGGAAUGAUUGUGGCGGAGAUGUUUGGCCGGAUUAAUGCAAUCUACAAUAUAAGCCUCAAGAAGUAUCUGCAGAUCACUCUCUUCCUGUUCUCCUUCGCUCUGGGCUUCUACCUGCUGUUGAAAGUGCUGGGAGUCGACCUGCUGUGGUCAGUGGAGAAAGCCCAGAGAUGGUGCGCCCGAGCAGAGUGGAUCCACAUUGACACCACUCCCUUUGCUGGGCUGGUCAGGAACAUGGGAGCCUUGUUUGGAUUGGGAUUAGCUCUGAACUCACCCAUUUAUGCUGAGAGCUGCAAGGGAAAGAGAGGCCAGCAGUUCUGCUUCCGGAUAAGUUGCAUUGUGGCCUCACUGAUUGUCCUGCACCUGUUUGACUCUGUGAAGCCCCCAGCACAGAAGGAACUUUUGUUUUAUUUCCUGUCCUUCUGCAAAAGUGCUGCCGUGCCUCUGGCAGCUGUGGCAAUCAUUCCCUUCUCAGUGUCGCAAGUUAUGAACCAACAAGAGAAAAAAGUGCUCUAGGUGUCUGCAACUCAAAUAUUUGCCCAUUAAUACAGAAGCCACUCGCCAAAUCAAAUCAGUUUGACUUUGGCUAGUUGUACUUUGAGACAGAAUUUAAACUCAGCUUGUCAAAGAUACAAGGGCAGCAGGUUUGCAUUGAACAGAGUGGUCUUGUUUAACAUGUAAUAUAACCAGAUGAUCCAGAAAAAAAUCUACGCAGCAGAGGUGUCCUGAGAAUGAAUUUACAACAUAGAUUGACAUUUGCAUUUUUAAUUGCAAUCUGUUUUUGUAAUCUGGUUCUUCUGUUAAAUUACAUAUUGUCUGAAUCAUACUAUCACCCUGCACAUCAUGAGCAAGAAAAAGGUUAUGUUUUGGACACUGGUGUUUUGCAUUCCCUGGGCUCCUGGUCAAUUAGGCUAUUUGUUGAAAGGAAAUGUUGAAGCCUCCUGAUCACCCAGUGGGAAUCUGUGGGCAUGAUGUGUUGCAAAACAAUCUUUUCUUCUCUAUUGAGUCAAUUGCUUUUGUCAGGGUUACCUGGGUCAGAGCUCCAACUCCUUACUGUUAGUCUCUGCGGAACAAGAACAGUGUGAGUCAGUCUGUGGUGGACUAUUCUGCCAAUACUUAAUCAAAAUGCUUACACAUGAAGAAAAGGCCAAUCAGAGGCACAUUGUUCUCUGGGGAGUUGGAGUAAGAAAGAGAGAGAAAAAUGGUGUUGCUUUUAAUGUGUAUAUUUCUUUGUUUGGCAUGAGUGAUAAGAUAAAGGGAACUCUGCUCAUCGCUGUAUACUGCUGGUAAAGAGCUGCUGUUCUAUAGGGACCCACCUCUUCAAAGCUAGUUCUGUAAACAAGGACUUGAAAAUGUACAUACCUCGAAUGCACUGUGAAUGCAAUGGGAUAAAGCAAUUCUUUUCUGACCGGAUGGAUGGUUAUUUAUUGUAUGCGGGUGGUUUUUAUCAUAGAGAUAGAGAAAUCUGUUAGGUGCUUCAGAAGAACAAUUAGCAAAAUACUGCAGAUGCUGGAAAUCUGAAAUGAAAAUAGUAAAUGAUGGUAACAGUAGGUCAGGGAAUAUCUGUGGAGACUGAAACAGAGUUAGUGCUUCAGACUGAUAGAUCUUUCAUCAUAGCUGGAUGAAAAAUGUCACCGUUUUGUUCUUUUUCAUUAUGUGCUUCUUUGAAUAAUUUGUAUGGAAGUUUUUAUUGUAAUAAAUAUUUUGAAAGGAAA